AUGUCGCUGUCCAUUCUCGCUCGCUCUUCUGCCGUCCGCCAACAGGCUCUCUCCCGUGGCUUCCACGCCUCCAAGGCUGCUCGUUCCGCUGGCCACGACGACUACCAUCAUCUCCCUUUCGCCUGGCCAGGCCAAAAGAAGGCAGCUUUCGGCGCAAAGGUCGCUGUCUAUCUUACUUUUGGAUUCUCUAUCCCCUUCAUCGCGUCCUGGUACCAAAUCCAGAAAUCUGCAGCUGCAACCGACUAG